GAGAAUGACUGGGCAGGCCUUUAGCACAUGUGUAGGUUGCUUUGCUUAACUUUUGGCACGUUGCAUGGCGCGUUGUUUCGACCGUGUUUCCCGUCCAAGGAGGUUAUAAAAAAACCUCCUUGAUCCCGGCAGGUGUUGGACGCUUCUCAAUCUUUACGAACAGGAUGGCAACUAUACUCGAAGACGUCCACGAGGGCUUAGGCCUGCCAUCGCAAGCGAGUCGUGCUGCGUGUGUGAAGGGAAAGUACGCGUACUAUCACUACGGCUGCGACGGUAUCGACGACAGAGGCUGGGGCUGUGGCUACCGGACCUUGCAGACCAUCUGUUCCUGGGUGGUGCACCACAAACACAAGACAGGGGAGCAAGCAAGGGCUGUGCCAAGCAUCACCGAGAUCCAGGCAGCCCUCGUGACGCUUGGCGAUAAGGAAGCCCAGUUCAACGGUUCUCGCAACUGGAUUGGCAGCACUGAAGUGUUCCUCUGCCUUGACCACUUUUACCAGGUUCCGUGUCGGAUCCUCCAUGCCAGCACUGGGGGCGAGGUAGCCAACCACGUUGAUGCCCUACUGAAGCAUUUUGAACAGCAAGGGUCCCCAGUCAUGAUGGGUGGCGACUCUGACGCAUCUUCCAAGGGCAUUCUUGGAGUCUGCCGCACAUCAUCGGGAAAAUCCCAUCUGCUUGUUCUGGACCCGCACUGGUACAGGAAUGAUGCAAAGCACGGCCACCUCACGGGAGCCAAAGACCACUUGCAGCAGAAUGGGUGGAUCUCGUGGCGCCCUCUGGAUUCCCUCAUGGAGAGCUCCUUUUAUAACCUGUGCCUGCCCUUGCUGCCCUCUCCGGCAGUCAGCGGCUCAUAACCUCACUUCCUUGGAUCAGUACUGGCGCUUCCUGGAUUGUACUUUACCUCUUCAGAGAACAGUCAAAAUGGGUCUCCUCGAAUGACAAUAAAGGGAAUUUGUGUGUUA